UAUUUAAUUAACAAUUCCCAAGUUUUGCUCUUGAAGAGAAAACGGUACGCAAUCUGCCUUUGGCUUGUAUUUUUUUUCCCCGAAAGAAAAGAACCCUUCUGCUCCAUUCACCAACUUGCCAUUCCGUGUUUCUUUCUCUGUCUCUCUCUUCCCUCUCUCGCUGCCUGUUGGUUACCCCGAGUGGUUUCUUUCCUAUCAUCUGAAAGUUUGGCAUUUUCUUCGAUUGGCACGAAGUGUUGGUGGAGAAAUCUUUCUGGGGCUGGUUUUGGGAAACGAUCUAGUUGUUCGGUUCUGAGGUGAUGGGGCGGCUUUUUGUGGUGAACCUUGAAGGGAAGAUCUAUAGUUGCAAGCACUGCAGAACCCAUCUUGCUCUUUGUGAAGAUAUUGUGUCAAAGGUAUCUUUCCACUCCAGGCAUGGGAAAGCUUAUCUCUUCAGUAAGGUAGUGAAUGUCACUAUGGGAGAGAAAGAAGAGAGAAUGAUGAUGACCGGGAGGCAUACCGUUGUUGACAUCUUCUGUGUUGGGUGUGGAUCAAUAGUGGGUUGGAAAUAUGAGACUGCCCAUGAAAAGUCCCAGAAGUACAAGGAAGGAAAAUCUGUUCUCGAGCGGUUUAAGGUAUCUGGUCCUGAUGGAAGCAGUUACUGGGCCAAUCAUGAAGUUUCGCAGCUUAUCGCUGGGAGCGAUGCUGAUGAUGUUUGAUAGUAUGCUGUUCUUAACCAUCUGUUACCAAUUGUACAUUCCUUCCUCUCUCUCACUCUUCCUCUCUCCUUCUAAUUUCCUCAUUGUAACUCCUGCAAGAAUUAGAACUACCUGCGCAUUCAGACGGCUCUUGGGAACUUGAUCUCGGAUAACUUGGUUUCCAAGAAAACGUUGGAUUGUUUGAUCCUUGAUUUAUUAGUUAUUGUUCUUUUUCUCAUUUCACUGUGAAUAAUAUGAUCUCUCAUUUCGGAAUCCAUGAACCCAUCUUUGUCUUUUCUUUAGGCUGAUGAUCAAGUUCAUGCAACGACAGUAGCUAGCCUCUAAUUAAGAUGAUAUCCUUUUUCUCUUCUUAAUAUAAUAUGCCAGAAUGUGUUAUAUGAAAGGGAUUUUGAACUUAUUGAUGGAAAAUUACUAAUUAUUAUUCCCUUCAAGUGCAAUAAAAGG